ACACACCAAUUUUAACCAACAAUAAAAAAUAACAAAAAAAGAAAGCGUACCAAUUUCGUGACUUCAUCUUCUUCUUCAUAUCUGUUCUUCAUCAGAAACGGAAUCCAAUCCAUCGUCAUCAAUCGAAAGCUCUGCAAACAAAUUCCUGAAUAUUCAUUCCAUGAUAUAGUUAUAAGGUUCUGCAGAAGAUUGAACAGGAGAGGUCAGAUUGGGAGGCGGAUUUUGGGAUAUGAGAAAAUGGAUUUCUGGCCGGAGUUUUUGGCGAGUAGUUGGGGAAAGGAGUUCGUCGCCGGCGGAUUCGGCGGCAGCGCCGGCGUUAUCGCAGGGUAUCCACUGGAUACCCUGCGUAUACGCCAGCAGCACUCCGCCGUGAGAGGCUCUGGUUUUCAAAUCUUCCGCCGCCUCGUCGCCGGAGAAGGCGUCUUCGCGCUCUACCGCGGCAUGACGGCGCCGUUAGCCUCCGUCGCUUUUCAGAACGCUAUAGCGUUCCAAACAUACGCCGUACUCUCACGCGCCGCCGACAGCUCAACCGCCGCCGCCGGAGAUGAACCGCCGUCGUACGGCGCAGUCGCGGUCGGCGGAAUCGGAACCGGCGCAAUCCAGAGCCUCGUCCUCAGCCCCGUCGAGCUCGUGAAAAUCCAUCUCCAGCUUCAAACAAAUCCAAAUCCGAAACCAAAAUCAACGCAAUCAACGACUCCAUUACAAGUUGCAAAAACAAUUCUAAGAACAGAAGGAUGGAGAGGCAUAUACAGAGGACUAACCGUGACGGUUCUCCGCGACGCUCCGGCUCACGGCGUCUACUUCUGGACGUACGAAUACACACGUGAGCAGCUCCACCCCGGCUGCCGGAAAACUGGACAGGAAAGCUUCCGGACAAUGCUGCUCGCCGGAGGCCUCGCCGGAGUCGCGAGCUGGAUCUGCUGCUAUCCAUUAGACGUUAUCAAAACACGCAUACAGGCGCAGACGCAGUCGACGCCGGGUAAGUAUUCCGGCAUCGUCGACUGCUUCACAAGGAGCGUCAAGGAAGAAGGAUACAAUGUUCUAUGGAGAGGAUUAGGAACAGCAAUUACCCGAGCUUUUAUAGUAAACGGAGCCAUCUUCACGGCAUAUGAGACCGCAUUGCGAGUCUUCUUCAGCAGCGAGAAUCGGGAGAAGUCCCUGCAGGAUAAGGCGACAUCGGUUGCUGCCGAGCUUUGAAAACUGCUAAGAUACAAAACACGACAUUCUCUCGAAUCGAAGAUCGAUCGGAGUACACAUUCGAGUACUUAAAAAAGUUUCGAUAUAAGAAAUGCAUUGUGUCGAGAAAGACAUUGUCAAGCUGUGUAGCGAUUUCAAGCUGGGGAAGAAGGUUUUAUACAAACGUCUCGAUAAUUCGCACACCCUGUGAAACUGUUGUAUGGAAAACUAUUAUAAGUAACGCAGCCAUCGUUCUUAUCU